AUGUUACAAUUACAUCUACCAUUUUAUCAGUACUGUGAUCCUGGUACGAAAUUGAAAAAACGACUUGCGAGAGGUGAUACAGGUAUCAACGAGUUGGACAAAGCCUGUAAACGACACGACAUUGCCUACGAGGAAAAUAAAUCGUUGCAGGACAGACACAAGGCAAACUUGGUUGUGGAAAACGAGGCGUGGAACCGUGUAAAAUCCAAGAACGCUAAUUUGGGUGAAAAAGCAGCCGCGUGGCUUGAGAACGUACGAGGAAUCACCAUACACCACGCCGGUACAUGUCCAGAACACAUAGUAGGAGGAGGACUCAAACUUGACGGCUUUAAUGAGGAGCAGCAACAGGUAUUCGAGUUUCACGGUUGUUACUUCCACGGAUGCACCAGCUGUUUCAAAUUUCACCGAGACACAUCGAUUGGAGGAGGUAAAACGGAUACCAUGCGAAAUCGUUACGAGGCCACCACCAUUAAAACGGCUCGACUUCGCAACUUAGGAUUUGAAGUCAUCGAAAUGUGGGAAUGUAGCUUCCGCACAUUAUUAAAACAGAGUUGUGAAGUGCGUGAUUUUGUGGAAAACUAUCCCGUGUUGAAAACAUCACCAUUGAAUCCUCGUGACGGUUUUUAUGGAGGACGAACCGGAAACACUGUUACAUACUACAAAUGUAACGAGGGUGAGCGCAUCAAAUACAUCGAUGUAUGCUCGUUGUACCCUUUUGUGUGCAAGUACGGCCGAUUUCCUCUAGGACACCCCACAAUUCAUGUAGGAUCUGCAGCCCAAGACAUUGAUUUAUCCACCGUAGAUGGCAUGGUGAAAUGUAAAAUUUUACCACCCACGCAAUUCUGUGGUGAAAGUUCACAACAACGUGAGUGUUGCCAUACGGAGGAAGAGCGGUCGUUCACAAGGACAUGGGUAAUUGCAGAAGUACUUAAAGCAAUGGAAGAAGGCUACAGGAUUGUGGAAGUGUUUGAAGUGUGGACUUACGAAACGCGUCAGUACAACCAUGCGGUGGGUCAGUUGGGUUUAUUUACAGAAAUGAUGAAUAAAUUCAUCAAAAUUAAACAGGAAGCCUCCGGCUGGCCCGCGGAUUGCGUAAACGAUGUAGUCAAACAGCAACAAUAUCUGGUGGAUUUUGAAGAAGCUGAAAAAGUGAAACUAACACCGGAACGCAUCGAAAAUAACCCUGAUCUUCGAUCCCUCGCCAAACUAAUGCUGAAUUCGUUCUGGGGAAAGUGUGGACAACGCGAAAACCAACCCCAAACAACCAUCGUCAACGAUCCUCAGGAAUGCUUUGAUCUCCUGCGCAUCCGUCGAAGAAUGUCAACAGUAUAA